GAUCAGAGAAAAUGAUGAGACAUUCUCAAAGCUUCAUAUCAGUUGAAUAUAACGUUUGAAACCUCCAAGAUUCGUUUUUUGUCGCGGGCGACUUACAAAGAAAAAAUUCAUCAAACUUAUGAAAACCCUUGAAUGCAAAAAAUAAUUAAAGAGUUCCUUUGGAAGUUAUAAGGCUUGAUUAUCAAAGCACGGUAAUUGUGUUCUGAAAUGAAAAAAAUAAGGGGAAGCUUUCUUUGGCUUACCCAAUGAGAAUCGCAAAUUGAACGGAAAUAAUUUGUUGGAAGAAUAGAAAAGUUAUCACGUUUGUCGGCUGUGCUUGUGAAAAACUUAUUUCAAAAACCUCAGCUUGACGUCAUUCCAUGAAACUUGGAAUGCUUGCUCAACUUACGCGCAUUUUCCUGUGAUUAUUUAUAUAAUAACUUUGAUAGAAUUAAAAAACAGGCAAACAUAUUUUAGAUUCAUAAAAAACAGAGGUGAACGACAAAAGAAUUGUGAACGUUGACUGGAAUGUGCUAAAGUUUACGAGUGAACUUAAACGUGUAAAUGUAAAUAAACUCCAAAGGUGUGAUUUAAAUAUUUUAACACAAUAUAUCAGUUGACUUUGUUGCGAAAAAAUCUUGAACGUGGAAAUCUUCUAUACCUCAAGAGGACUGAAAGAAAAGCUUGGAAAUUGAAUAACAUAAAGCUGUAAUAUUUAAGGAAAGAAUUUGAAGGCAGGAGAGCAACAAGUGGCUUUUCGAAACCCUACCAAGGUUAAGCUCAGGACAAAGUUGACGUAAAUAUCUUCGACAGCUAGCUCUUACCUCUAUGGAGUUCAAGUUGGACAGUGCAGAGUAUUGCCAGGCACAACACAAAUAAAAAGUUUCUUUUUUGUUUUUUCGCGGACGACGAAAGUGUCGAAGAGGAGAACAUUAAAAGGAAAGAAAAAAGAAAAGAAGAAAACAUUAAUUCAGAACAGUUAUAAAACUUACGAAGAAAAAGAUAUUUUAUCGUAACAACAAAGGAUUAUAUCUUUAAUUAACACGAGAAGAAGAUUUAUAAAAAAAGAACACGCUUCAUCACAUUAAAAUUAGGACAUUCAAACUUACUGAUCACAAGGCGACGUGUCGUGUAUGAAACGCUCAAAUAAAAUUAUCAAUAAACAAACUUCUGACUUAGCAAAGGGUAUACCUAAGGCAAAUCCCUCCAAGAAGUAAAGAAAUCCACGUGAGACUGAAUCUACUGAACAUCAUAAACUCAACAAACAUCAAAUAAAUUUUUAUGUGAAAAAAAAACUUCUUUCCAAAGCCUCCCAUCAAGUGGAGUUAAUAAUCUGUUUCGGAAAAAGAAAACUUCCUCACAAAUUUAUUUUUUUCCCCUCCAUUAUCACCGUUGGAUGUCCUAAAGACUUGUAUGACGUUUGAGCUUAUUGCCUUCUUGAUUCACAAGCGACGGUUACUUUCUUUUUGAGUGCCAAAAAAAGUUUAUUGUUUUUUGUGUUCGGUCGUUUUGUUCCAUCAUUGCGAGCAUCCGCCAUAAGUCAUACGUGUUAAUCAACAAAUAAACAAGAAAAAAGAGCUUAAUUAUCAAAUAUUUUAGUUACAUCUCUGAUCCACCGACAUAAAGGAAAAAGCUUCAGUGAGAAGUGAAUAAAAAAAUCAUUUAUAAAAGACUAAAGUUAGUUCUGCGAAAUCUUAAUCCAAACUUUUGUUUGUUUAUUAUAAUAUCUAAUUGAAAAUAGCGAAAAAAGUAAUUGUCUAAAGAAAGACUGCCGACAUUUUCAAUUCUUCCAUUAACCGGGAGAAUAAUAACGAAAAAAUUGUGAAAAUUAUCUGAAUAUUCACAGAAAAAGGAAAUUCUUCUCGCUUCGAAGUUUGGCGAAGAAACAAAGCAACCAAAAAAAAAUUAAAAACAAAAAGUGUUAAAUUUAUCGCGUUUUAUCUCGUAUCGCGUGUGUUUAUUGGUUUAAUUAAUGACAACAAUCAGCAUGAGACAGAAGGACAUUCGACCAGCGCCAGCGCGCAUUGAAUUUAAAGGAAUGAAGUUUCUCAUCACCGAUCGGCCAUCCGAUGCCACUAUACAGUCAUAUUUAAUGGAAUUGCAAAAGCAUGCAGUUUCAACAGUGGUUCGUGUCUGCGAACCAAGCUACAAAAAAGAUGUUUUAGAAGGCGCUGGCAUUGAAGUUCGUGACUUAGCUUACGAGGAUGGAACUUUCCCACCACCAAACAUUGUUGAUGAAUGGUUCGAGGUGUUGAAACAAAAAUACAGUGAGAAUCCUGAUGGUUGCGUUGCUGUUCAUUGCGUAGCUGGCUUGGGACGGGCGCCUGUCCUUGUCGCACUUGCAUUGAUCGAAUUGGGCUUAAAAUAUGAAGGCGCUGUUGAAUUGAUAAGAGAAAAACGUCGUGGUGCCAUCAACGCUAAGCAACUAUCUUACUUAGAAAAAUAUCGACCAAAAUCGCGCUUGAAGCAUCGAAAUGGCCACAAGAAUUCGUGCUGUGUGCAAUAAAAAUAUCAAACAUAAAUCCACCAGUUUCAAAGUGUUCAUUUUUUCUUCGGAAGAUGUGCGUAUCGUCAACGAUAGUACACGAUAGUGACCUUCGUGUUGUCGUGACUAAUAAAAAAAUCUAAUGGAAUGAUAAAGCAAGCAUACAAUAGCUAAGCUCAAAGAAUUUUCUUAUUCAUGAAUUAUUUUUAUAAUUUUAAACUUUAUUUGAAUUUUUUUCUAUUUUUUUUUCGAUAAUCUUGUGGUUUUCCCCCCAAGUGUCAAAACCAUCAUAUCAAAACUUUUUUCAUUAUUAUUAAAUUUUACAUUCAGAGUAUCUCGUAAAUUUAUAAUUUUUGAGAUUUUAAUUAGAGAAAUAUCUAAAAAGAAAUCGAAUUAAGACAAGAAAAAUUACGAUUUGAAUUCAUUUUUCGACAUUACUUAGAUUUUCUUUAAAAAUAACUUUAUUUUACUUAAUUUGUGGAAAAUUUGAACACUUAAGUGAAUAUUUUUUGAACUGAUUAGUAUUUGCUGCUUCCUUGUCAUUACUGACAUUGAAAUGAUUGUCGCUUGAUAACAAUUGUAAUGUUUAAUGAAAGAAAUUAUUGUUAGCUUUUAAAUGGAACAAACAUCAAUUGUAUGAAGUUAUGAAAAUAGCAAAAGAAAAGUUCAUUUUCUACACAAGUUUUCUUUCUUGGAUUGUAUCAAUUUUCAUUUUUGAAGAAAUUGAAAAUUCUUGUCAAUUUCUUCCUAUCUUUCAUUGUAAUUCUUUUUUUUGUAUCAAAGUUUCCUCCUUCGUGGAAAGUAACGAUAAGCAUUUGUUUGCAUGAUACAUGAAGACACGAAACUUUCUCAGACUUUUUUGUUUUGAAAAAUAAUUAUCUAAAUGAAAGAAAAUAAAUUGAUAAAAAAGAAUAAUUAAAUAUUAAGCAUUGCUGUGCGGGCGAGAGUGACAAAUGUAAAUGGGAGAUAAUAAAACACAGGGAAAAGUUGCAUUUUUCCCAUCAAACAACCCAUUGAUGAAUGAUGAGAAUGAUUUAUAAAUAUUCACGCCCAUGAUUAAACAAUUAUUGGAUAUACUAAUUAUUUAGAGGGAAAGAUGAUAAAGAAAUAAUAUUUCAUUGCAUAAAUGUCUGUGCAAAAUGAAAGAAGAAAAACAAAAAAAUUUAAGUAUAAAAGCGACUGAUUUGAUUUGUUGAGUCAAUGUUGAAAGCAGUGAAUAAUUUUAAUUAAUUGCUUAAAUCAACUCUUCAAAUCAAAUCCUUUACUAAAGCAUUAAAAAGAAAUCAAACUACACAUUUAAAGAAAAUAGCGCAAUUGAUGUAAAUUUUUUGAAAUGUCUAAUCCUUUUCACUAUUAUUUUACUGUGACGAGAGAUGAUGAGUUAAAGCAUAAAGAAACUUAGAAAAAAAAACUGCAAGAAAUAAUAUGCAAGCCGUAACAUAGCCCAAAAAGCCCAUUAAGUAUCUAUUUAUUAAAAAAUACAUGCAUCAAAGUGUUGAUUCAUCAGUUGCGUAAUUUAUUGAAAUAAAAAUAAUUCAUACGCAGUUGAUGAUUCCUAUUACCUAAAUAAAAUAAUCACAACUUUUUAGAUGAAAAUUUAAAACAAGAUGUAAUAUUUUAGAUGAAAAUGAAUCCGGGUGCCUCUCUUUCUCUCUGUCUUCAUAAGUUUUACAAAAAAAAAACACAAACAAACUGCAAUAAGCAAAACAGCUCAGACUCAAUUGUUUUUCUCUCCUUUUGAGCAGCGGGUUUACUUUUGUUCGUCCCUAAGCUCAUUUAUUAAUCGCUAUUCGAUUCACAUUCACUCUGAUUUAUUUCAGACAUUAACAAGAAAAUAAAAAAAAAAUCAAAGAAACUUUUUACCGAAUAAAAAAGAAGAGAAUUUAUACUUAACUUGCAUAAAUAACAUGAAAUUUUAUUCGACUUAGAAUCGAAACACCCGAGACGUCGAGUAUUUUUUAUUUUCUUAUAAUAUUCAUACGCAUAUGAAGAUUGUAAUCAAAGAAAAGUUCUUUGUAUCUAAUUAAUAAUUUUCUUGUAAAUAAUUUUUGUUGUUCUUUCAUUUCACUUCCCUCUCAUCCAUCUCAUUUGUUCAAUAUCGCUUACCCAGAAAACUUAAAUAACAUGAAAACACAUUUUUCGAAUGAAAUGAAACAUUGAAACUUUGAUUAAAUUUCGCUGAUAAGAUGAUAAAAAGAAAUGUUGCAAACAACCAACUAGAUACAUUAAAGAAAAAUGAAGGAAAAAUAAAGAAAAAAAUAUAUAUAAAAUUUA